AUGGAUGUUGAAAAGACUCUGAAAUUUGCAGCUCGGCAUAGACUAACUAAAGCAAAUAGAAGAAAUCAUGAGGUUUCCAGCAGCCACCUCUCCAGCUGCUCUCUCACAGAGUCCCUGAACUCGAACUCUCUUUGUCACCCUUUGUAUCCGAUCACCGGCGUGCCCCACCAUGUCAGACGGGCUGUGGACACCAGUCCCAAGAUCGCCACCAAGGACUUAAAGGAGAAGAAGGAGGUUGUGGAAGAAACAGAAAACGGAAGAGACGUACCCGCUAAUGGGAACGCUAACGAGGAAAACAGGGAACAGGAGGCUGACAGUGAGGUAGAGGAGGAAGAGGAAGAAGGUGAUGGUGAACAAGAAAAUGAAGAUGAAGAUGAGGAGGCCGAGGCAGCUACGGGCAAACGGGCAGCUAAAGAAGAUGAGGAUGAUAACGUUGACACCAAGAAGCAGAGGACUGUGGUCACUUUUGAGCAGAGAGUCCCACCCGCCCACUUUGGGCAGGCUCACCCGCAAAUGACACGCACUCAUCACCACCCAACCAAAACCACAACGUAA